UGGAGAUUCCACUUCCUGCUUCUCCGAUUUAAGGAAACUUCCAGAAAGAGGAAGUACUAUUUGUUUCUAUUUUUUUUGCUGAGUGACUAUAGGGUCUGUUGACGUGCAGCUCUUGCAUACUUUUGGAUUGUAGUAAAAUGGAGUCCGGAGACCGAGUGUCGUUAGAGAAAGAAGGGCACCAAGGAGCCUCGUAUACGUAUUGGGUUAGGAAAAUAACGGAUGAUGCAGCGCCUUUACCGGUGCCUCGUAAGCUAACCCCGGAAGAUGUUUCCCCUUGUGAAUCUCAAUCUCAGUCUGCCACGCUUGGUUCAGCUUGGAAUCGCGUAUCUGCCGGGACAUGGGAGGAGAAAAGUCUGAACAAUUGGGCAACUCCAAGAAUUAAGGAGUUGCUUUUAUCAGUAGGCUCUAUACAGUUCUCCCUCGGCAGAGCAGAAGUAGAAGAUGUUGCUAAAUGUGUUGGCGAUGUGAGUCUAUUAUAUGAUUUACUUUAAUUGCGUCUAUUACUGUAUUUUAGGGGACUGACAUGCAACACUUUGAUUCUAUGUGGUGGCCCCCUAGAAAAUAGGAGUGGAAAACUAUGGAAGAAAUUAAUAUGAAAAAUUUAUCUCUAAAGUUUUCACCCCCAAUUUUACAAGGAUCCAAAGAGACUCAUAGAGUUUCCAAUUUAAGUGAUGGAUUGGAUGAUUUAAUGUUUUUUAAAAGAAUUUGUAACAUCUGAUUAUUAGACGUAGGUUUAUAUUGCCAUUCAUCUACUUGUCAAUAUUUCCAAUGUUAGUUAUGUGCAUCAAAUUGGUGGAGUCUAGAGAGUCAAGUUUUCUUCAGCUGAACUUUUCAAGGUACUGGUUAGGUUCGGUUUCAGAGUAAAACGUUCUAAGUCUCACAUUGGUUUCAUUUGUAAUUGUUGUAAAUUAUUUUUUUAUUUGCAUAGGUUACGGCAACUGUAGCUUUAGUUUAGGAAGAUUAUUAUUUAGUCUAGUACUGGGCUCAAGUAUAAACAAAAACAAUGUACAUUGGGCUUGAAUAUAAGCAAAUCCAAUUAAUUUCACUUUAUUCAAUGGUAUAAUUCAUAAAAUACCCUUAAUUUAAUUGUGAUUCUAUUUUCAAUGACUCUUUCUUAUUCAUGAUAUCAUGUUGCGGUGACAGGCAUUUUAGAAGAAAAAAGCUUACUUUUUUCUUAAUUGAUAUUACUGAAGUUAAUUAGUUAGAAAUUAGUUAUUUUUUUCUUAUAUUUAAGUCCAAAUGGAGUAUAUUGUGAUGUUAUGUAUAAUUUCUAUCAUUCAGAAAUGAUAUUCUGUAUUCAAGUCCAACAUGGUGUCAAACCUCUUGAUUUGUUAGAUUUGUUUCUGCAAAUCACUGCCUCUGUUGCAAUUGUUUCCCAGCUGUCUUCAUUGCUGUUUUGAUUUUUUUUCUCCUUUUCACUUUCAUAGUGCUCAAUUCUCUUUCUGGAUAUCAAGAUCACCACUGCUUUUGUGUUGAAGACCUCAUCAGACAAAGUGACAAACCACCAUACUCUGUUAGGAUAACCACUAGUGACCUAUUUAUGGUGAUCUUCUUAUGCAUUGGU